GCAAAGCUUUUUCAUUCACAAGCCAUUGCACCUUACCUUUUUCGCAUGACUUCUGAAUAAUUGCCAUGUUGAAAGAGAAGGUGUUAUCAAAAUGUUUAACUACGGUGGUGUUAAAACAGAACAACUGGCAUUGAUCAGAAGUCACUAAGAGCCAAAGAUUUUGAGAACUGGAAUUGUGAAUCGUUACUGAUUGUCCUGUUUGUGUCGGUCUUGAUUAUUAUUAUUUUAAAUUAUAUUGUUAAUGAACAAUUUCCAAAGUACGCUUUGGCAAUAUCAUCUACAUUCUUACGUCAUGCCGAUAAAGCAAUUGACAUUUUCAUGAACAAAAAUCUUUGUUGAUCACCCGGAAGUACAGUAAAAACAACCACAGAGGAGAGUAUGGAGAUAGACUACCAACCAGAGGACUCGCAUGUCUCCUUAUUCGACGAAGACUGUAUUGAUCACGUGAAGGACAUGAGGUUGGAAGCAGAGGCAGUGGUCAACGAUGUGCUAUUUGCUGUGGCCGAAAUGUAUGUGUCCUCAAAUUUGGACAGUGCUUUGGCUGUGGCCUACAUAAACGUGGAAACAAGAGAGGGCAAUCGCUAUUGCCUUGAGCUUAAUGAAGCUGGACUAAGGGUGGUUGGCUACGCUUUUGACCAGGUGGAUGAGAGCUUGAGCACCCAAUACUAUGAGACUGUUUAUUCACUGCUGGAUACCCUCAGCCCAGGCUACAGAGAAGCCUUUGGGAAUGCCCUGCUACAGCGAUUAGAGAGGCUGCAGCAAAAUGGACAAUGAAAGACAAAAUGGAGCUAAUGAUGUGGAAGUGAAACAGGGGUUGUAGGGACAUCAAUUGUACUAUGCGAAUUCAAACAUAGCAACCUUUCUCAUCAGGUUAUUUAGCAGGCAUUUGGCUACUACUACAGUACUAAUGACCAAUUUUCAGAUCAAGCAAAAAUUGACUUUAAUACUACAAUAAGUGGUACCUUCUCUCCUGGGUUCACCCUGGUUUUCUGUGGGUUUCAUAUUUAUGUUAUUCACAACAAUGAUUUAGACCUGCUGCGUCAGUCUGUGACCAGGAUUAUCUUCUGUCAUCAUUCCCAUCACCCCCCCGAUCUAACCAAAUUAACUCUCACACUUCAUUAACUGUGCUUUACCUCUACAUAGGUAGAUUGCACUUUAAGUAUGUUACUUAAUGAAAUUGUCCUCUGUCGUCCACUGAAAUAAGUCUACUUGGGCUUCUAUGUACAUCAGUGGGUGCAUGUCUCAUUGAAACAGCCAAAGAGAGAGAAGAUGUGGGGAUUUUAUAUGACUUGUUUUCCUAAUCCAUCAACCACCCACUCUGAUAUUAUUACUCAUAAACUGCCUUAACUAUCCGGGUUCGAUCCCAGGCUGUGUCACAGCCGGUCGUGACCGGGAGAUCCAUGAGGCGGCGCACGAUUGGCCCAG